CACGCCGGCCUCGGCCUCUGCUUCUGCCAGUCGCUGCUAAAACCGCUGCGUCGUCUAGUCCUCGGCUUCCCCAUCCUCCUUGCCCGGCCGCACCAUGGAGAGUUACCACAAGCCUGACCAGCAGAAACUGCAGGCCCUGAAGGACACGGCCAACCGACUGCGUAUCAGCUCCAUCCAGGCCACCACGGCGGCGGGCUCAGGCCACCCCACGUCAUGCUGUAGUGCCGCAGAGAUCAUGGCUGUCCUCUUUUUCCACACCAUGCGCUACAAGUCCCAGGACCCUCGGAACCCUCACAACGACCGCUUCGUGCUCUCCAAGGGUCAUGCAGCUCCCAUCCUGUAUGCAGUCUGGGCUGAAGCUGGCUUCCUGCCUGAGGCAGAGCUGCUGAACCUGAGGAAGAUUACCUCUGACCUGGAUGGACACCCUGUCCCGAAACAAGCUUUUACCGAUGUGGCCACUGGCUCUCUGGGCCAGGGCCUCGGGGCUGCUUGCGGAAUGGCCUACACUGGCAAAUACUUCGACAAAGCCAGCUACCGCGUCUACUGCAUGCUGGGGGAUGGAGAGCUGUCAGAGGGCUCCGUGUGGGAGGCCAUGGCCUUCGCUGGCAUCUACAAGCUGGACAACCUUGUUGCCAUUCUUGACAUCAACCGCCUGGGCCAGAGUGACCCAGCCCCACUGCAGCACCAAGUGGACAUCUACCAGAAGCGCUGCGAGGCCUUUGGCUGGCAUGCUGUCAUCGUCGACGGACACAGUGUGGAGGAGCUGUGCAAGGCCUUUGGCCAGGCUAAGCACCAGCCAACAGUCAUCAUCGCCAAGACCUUCAAGGGCCGAGGAAUUGCAGGGGUAGAAGAUAAGGAGUCUUGGCAUGGGAAGCCCCUACCCAAAAACAUGGCUGAUCAGACCAUCCAGGAAAUCUACAGCCUGAUCCAGAGCAAGAAGAAGAUCCUGGCAACCCCCCCACAGGAGGAUGCCCCCUCAGUAGACAUCACCAACAUCCGCAUGCCCACCCCACCCAGCUACAAAGUUGGGGACAAGAUAGCCACCCGCAAAGCCUAUGGGCAAGCCUUGGCCAAGCUGGGCCAUGCCAGUGACCGUGUCAUUGCCCUGGAUGGGGACACCAAGAAUUCCACCUUCUCGGAGCUCUUCAAGAAGGAGCACCCAGACCGUUUCAUUGAGUGCUACAUCGCUGAGCAGAACAUGGUGAGCAUUGCCGUGGGCUGUGCCACACGUGACCGGACAGUGCCCUUCUGCAGCACUUUUGCAGCCUUCUUCACAAGGGCCUUCGACCAGAUUCGUAUGGCAGCCAUCUCUGAGAGCAACAUCAACCUCUGUGGUUCCCACUGUGGGGUGUCCAUUGGGGAAGAUGGGCCAUCUCAGAUGGCCCUGGAAGAUCUAGCCAUGUUCCGGUCAGUCCCCAUGUCAACUGUUUUUUACCCGAGUGAUGGAGUUUCUACAGAGAAGGCAGUGGAAUUAGCAGCCAAUACGAAGGGCAUUUGCUUCAUCCGGACCAGCCGCCCAGAAAAUGCUAUAAUCUAUAACAACAAUGAAGAUUUCCAGAUCGGACAAGCCAAGGUGGUCCUGAAGAACAAGGAUGACCAGGUGACUGUGAUCGGAGCCGGGGUGACCCUGCAUGAGGCCUUGGCCGCUGCUGAACUGCUGAAGAAAGAAAAAAUCAACAUCCGUGUGGUGGACCCCUUCACUAUUAAACCCCUGGAUAGAAAACUCAUUCUCAACAAUGCCCGUGCCACCAAGGGCAGGAUCAUCACCAUAGAAGACCAUUAUUAUGAAGGUGGCCUAGGUGAGGCAGUAUGUGCUGCUGUUGUGGGCGAGCCUGGCGUCACUGUCACCCGCCUGGCCGUCAGCCAGGUACCAAGAAGUGGGAAACCGAAUGAGCUGCUGAAGAUGUUUGGCAUUGACAAGGACGCCAUUGUGCAAGCUGUGAGGGGGCUCAUCAAGGCCUAGGGGCCUUAGGGGGUGUGAGGUGGGGGUUCUACACAUUCCUAACAGUUGCUGACAGAGGUGCUCAAAGAUGUACUGAAAGAAAUGGUAAAUAUAUGUUUUGAGAAAAAUGAAUUGGUCCCUGAAA